GGAUUUUGUUUUGAAGCCAAAUGGUCAUUUGGAGAUCAACCAAACAAUACAAUUGAAUGUAUUGAUGUUUUACCUGACAUUCAUAUUUUAGUCGUAGCUCAAAGAGGCUCCAAAUGCAUGUUUUAUGAUAUCCACAAAGGGUCCAAACACGAGCCUAUUCAAGUAUUAAAGGGCGGCAGUCACCCAUGGUUCGUACCCGACUCUAUCUCGGUCAACCAAGACUAUUUUGCCGUCUCGGGUAGAAAACCAUCGGCGGUAUUUAUUUGGAACUGGCGAAAAGGGGUCAGAUUAUCCAAU